AUGCGGAGGUUCACGGCGAAGGCCAACGCCGUUCCGGACGAGGGGCGUGUUUCUAGACCUGGUUCUGGACCUUGGUGGGAAGUCUACUGUACCAAGAGACCGGUCAACAGAUCUGCGUCGGCCAUCGAGCCCACCGAGGGCAUGCCUGCAUUCGGCAUCUCUUCCGACCUCCUGAUGAAUGGAGACCAGCUCAAGCGCGGUCUCUCGAAGGGAAUAAGGCAUACCUGCCGUAUCCGAACUGCAUCACGGUUCGUCUCCAAAGGCCAGCACGCUCCGCACAAGAUUCAGCGCCUUGUCUGCACACCACCUUGGCACGUCUCGUUUCGAUUGCCUGACACCGUCACAUCUCGCACAUGGGUACUGUCUCGUUGUUCGUCUUCGCCUCAUCUCACCGCUAGUGGACUCGACCAAGCCACAGCCCCCAAAACGGCUCACUUUCACCUCCUCGCCUUGCUGGUCGCCGUAGCCUGUUGGCAUCAGGAUCGGAUCUUCGACGCACAAGUACGACACAAGCUGCUCUAA